CCGUCGACCACUUCUCCAUCUGUAAAGGACAUCCGCCCUGUGAUAUUUGGGACGGAAAACCGUUGAUCAAAACUUGGACAUGGACUUCGCAGGGCUGCCGGUGCUGCUUCUGGUGCUCUACCUCAGUGGAGCAUUUUGUGCUGUGGUGCAAUGGACAGAAUUAAGUGAGGCAAAGGCCUAUUUGAGGCAGUAUGGCUACCUGAAUGACCCUGCUGAUCCCCAGGACCCUCAUUACCUGGAGGAGAUCAUUGAAGCUCUCAGGGUCUUCCAGAGGGUGAAUGAUCUGCCACCUACUGGAGAGUUAGAUGAAGCUACCCUGAAUGUGAUGAGACAGCCCCGCUGUGGCAUGGAGGAUCCCUUCAACAAGAGGCUUAACAAAUACAGAGUGAUGGGUCGCUGGAGAAAGAGGAGUCUGACUUAUCGCAUCUACAACUACACGCCUGACAUGAGGAAGACAGAGGUCAGGGCCGCCAUCCGCUCUGCCUUCAAGUACUGGAGCGAUGUGACUGCUUUGUCCUUCAGAGAAGUCGACUAUGGCAGAGCGGACAUAAGGAUCUCCUUCCAUAAGAAAGAUGGCUCUUGCUCUGUCCCGUUUGAUGGUCGUGGUCAUGUACUGGCCCAUGCUGAGUCACCAGAAUCUGGCAUUGUUCAUUUUGAUGAUGAUGAGUUCUGGACAGAGGGAACAUAUUAUGGUACUAAUCUGCGUAUUGUGGCUGCCCAUGAAAUCGGCCACGCCCUCGGCCUGGGUCACUCUCAAUUCAGAAGCGCUCUGAUGGCACCGGUCUACUCUGGUUACCGUGCCAACUUCAGGCUGCAUUCAGACGAUGUGAGCGGCAUCCAGGCGCUGUACGGCAAGCGCCUCACCAGCACUUUAGCCAGUCCAACAAGCCCAGAGAGUCUGUUUCCCACAGAAAGCAGCACUGACCCUGGGAACACUCCUGACCCCUGCACUGCCACUCUGGAUGCCAUCAUGUUAGGUCCAUGGAGGAAAACCUUUGCUUUCAGCGGUGAUUACAUGUGGACGGUCUCUGACCUCGGACACAACACGCCAAUAAAAAUUGACAGGCUGUGGAAGGAACUCCCUGGAAACCUGAAUGCUGCUGUGCACUCACCAAGAACCAACAAGACUUACUUUUUUAAAGGAGAUAAAGUGUGGAGGUAUACAAGUUUCAUGCUGGACUAUGGCUACCCCAAGCAGGUGAAACGGAUCCCUCCUAAUAUCGAUGCAGCCUUGUAUCUGGAGAGGAACAAGAAGCUGGUUUUUAUUAAGGGUUCAGACCAUUGGCAGUGGGAUGAACUGAAGUACAAUAAUUUAGGUCUCUACCCCAAACCGCUCUCCAUGCUCUUCACCGGAGUGCCGUCCAGUCCGGAUGCAGCCUUCACCUGGACCAAUGGCAAGAUCUUCUUCUUCAAAGGAGAUGAGUACUGGCGAGUGAGUGAGCUGCUCAGAGCCGACAGAGGAUACCCACUGAGCAAGAAGGAGCGCUGGAUGCGAUGCUAGGCGUCGACCAUCAGGGGGCAGCAGGCACUAAGGGGUCUACAGCAGGGGUGCUGGUUCCAGUCCAAGGGCAUUGACAACUAUGCAACCUCAACAACAGCAGUGAUCAAUUGUGAAAAAUCGUCUAACACACACAAACACGCAAACACAUACAAAAAUGUUUUUUAAAGUGUGGCAAUUGAUUUUAUUUCACUGGAUUUGAUUACGACUGAGUCAGUCCUUCCCUCCUUCAGCAAGCCUAUUUUUGUGAGGCUUACUUCUUGAGCACAAAUGUGUGUUUCUGUCAGUGCGAGAAUUCAGUAAGCUGAGCUAUGAUCUCAGGGAGAAAUCAAGGGAGGCCUUCUGUUUUUCUCUCUAACAUAUGUGUUGGAUUAUGUGUCUUAAUACUUUCAGUAAGAUGUAAUAUGAUGAUGGGAGUGUGCACUUUUCUGUUCAGACUAAAUGUUCUGUUAAACCAAGUCCUUGAGUAUGGUCUGUGCUCUUCAGUGUUACUAAACACUUCCUGCAUUAUCUCAUGAAUCACAUUGGUCUGAAAUCAUGUGGCAUGGAUCUGAG